CGUUCAGCCAAUCAGAUCAUCGCAUACUGCGACAGACCUCAAGUAUUUUCCUCCGCCUGUUCUUUCUUUUCCAGAAACUGCAGCGUGACCGACGUUUCGUGUCUUUCACAGACUUAAAAAUGCGUUACGUGGCCGCUUACCUGUUGGCUGUGCUGGGUGGCAACAACAACCCAUCUGCCAAAGAUAUCAAGAACAUCCUUGGGAGUGUCGGAAUCGAGGCCGAUGAUGAGCGUCUUAACAAGGUCAUCAGUGAACUGAAUGGCAAGGACAUCAAUGAAGUCAUGAAUGCCGGCCUCUCUAAGUUAGCCUCCGUACCAGCGGGUGGUGCAGUGGCAGUCUCUGCUGCUGCGGCUGGCGGUGGUGUGGCUGCUUCUGCUGGAGAAGCACCUGCAGCGGAAGAGAAAAAGGAAGAGAAGAAAGAGGAAUCGGAAGAGUCUGAUGAAGACAUGGGCUUUGGCCUCUUUGAUUAAUCUUUCUUUACCUGUUAAAAGACAAUAAAAAAGGAAAACCUUUGUGUUUGAAAGUUUGUGCUGCCUUAAGAUUAUUUGCAAAUAAAUUGUAAGUAUACAAUG